CGGUCGAGUAAUCGUAUCGAUAUAGGUGGCAAUUGUGCCAUAGACUUAUAUCCACACCCGUUCUCUAUCAUACAGUGGAGAAUCACAGACCGUGAAGAUCAUGAGCGAAACAGAAAGUAUUGAUGUCGCUUUCAAAAUGGUGGCGAUAUUGGGCUCCAUGCUCGCCGUGAUCGUAAGCCUGGUGGCAAUGCAGACGAAAAUCAAGGGGGGCGAUUCCCGAUGGCUACCGAACCCAACGUCGGAGCCAUCAAAACGAGCUUAUGAAAUUUACGCCCUCUGUUAUACUCCAAUCUGGAUCUUCGCUUUCGGCUGUAUCGUGGCCUUCGGGCUAUACGAAGACUUUGACAAAUGGAGCUACAUGAAGGUGUGCGUGGGACUAUCUCUACCAUUUUUGCUGCAGCCAGUAAUUUUUGCGUCCGCUGGUACUCCUGAUUCCCCAGACGAGAAGCGUCCCUUGAUAGAGCGCUAUUCGUUCAAAGCAAACGUGUGGAUUGCGGUGUACAGUUUCAUCGGCAACUACUGGUAUACUCAUUACUUCUACUCUGUCCUCCGCGCGAAGUACACUAUGCCGGCACAUCGACUCAACAACGUUCCAUUGGCUUUAUAUUUUGCUACGCAUUUCUACUUUUCGACCUACCACGUCUUUUCGAAUCUCUUGUUGAGAAAAGUUGUGACCACCUACGUACCUGGAAUGGUCCGAAGCAUCCUGUAUGUUACUGUGGUUUUCACAUUUGCGUAUUUCACGGCUUUCAUGGAGACGCUUACAAUAAGUGCCUACCCAGAUUAUUCAUUUGAGGAUAGAAACAUGGCCUACACGGUCGGUUCCGCGUUCUAUGGAAUAUAUUUCAUUGUUAGUUUUCCGGCAUUUUUUGUCUUUGACAAAGAUAUCGACAAUGCAGAAGCGAAAAGAAAAACUUCUGUUUGGGACACCAUUGUAUCCAGUUGUGGGUAUGGAAUGAUCAUUAUGAUUUUGCUCGACAUCGUAAGACUGCACUUGGGCAUCCCACUGGUUAUUGGAUCAUCCGAUGACAUUUGUUCAAUCAACAAAUAAAUAACUAAAUCAAUGUAAACUAG